AUGGAACAGCAAAAGUAUGAGCCACUCGACGAAACACCAUCAAGAGCUGAUAUGCAGGUCGCACCGGAAAUUGCUUAUGACAGCCUACCUGAACAUGACAUGACUGCAGUAGAUCAUGAACAAAAUCAAAGACUUUCUCAGGCUCCAGCGUAUAGCCAACAUGAGAAUCUGUCGAGUGUUCAGUCAGAGAAUCCAACUAGGCAUUCUCACGGCGAACUAAGUCAAGAUAGUCAUAAUGUUGCAGAAGAAAGCAAUGAUAUUGAGUCAAGCACUGAAGAUGAAAUAUUUGAUAGCAACAACGACACUAUGCACUUAGAAACAAAAUCAGUUACAAGCUUUGAAUCUGACAGUAUGCUUACCUACCCACAAGGAGAAAAUAUAGAUUUCCACGAAGGAGUAGCAACUACGGUAGACGGAAGAUCUUCAGCAGUGCAGGAAGGACUAUCGAUACAAGAGGUUGAUGCCGCACGGAAGGUGAAUGUUCUCUCCAACGGCAUACAAGACGAUAUGGUCAUCACAACUCGUUCCAGUCAAUCGAGCCUCAGUCAAUCUUCAAGCAAAACAUUAAUUGGAAAGCCCAAAACUAUGCUCUAUAGUAAUAAGUCAACGCCCUAUACAUCUGUAAUUUCAGGGCUAUCGACUCCGGCAAAAAUCAGCCAUUCCAAUACACAUCAUUAUUUACCAGCUACUGAAGGAGCGGAUCAGGUCAUCAUCGAUGUCAAACAUGAAAUAAUAGAUCCGGAUUUCGAUACGUCCUUACAGGAGAAGCGAAGACCUGUGAACAAGAGAGGUGUUUGCAAUCUUAUGACCAUAUUUAUUAUUUUAGCAAUCAUUGUUUUCAUGUUUGCUGGUUAUCCCUUGUCGCUCUAUAUAUCCAAACAACUUCAUCCCAACGAUUCUAAUCCCAGUUAUAGCGCAAAUUAA